CAAUACUGAAUAGCAUUGCAUUAUAUAGCGUUGCAUUCCAUACAGGUUACGUUGAGAAGGUGAUUGUGUCGAAGGUACCGCAAGGCGUGUUAGCAUUGAGCCUGCCGCGUCUUGAUCUUAUGCGUGUUAAUAAAAUUACUGUAAUAAAGCACGUAAGCAUGCGCCUGGAAAGUGGUUGCUUAUGGUUAAUGUUUGUAUAUUAUAUACCGCUACGAAGCACGGCUCUGUUAUGCGCUAACUUAAUACACAUAAAACCGCGCUGGUUUUAUCUAAUGGGCUCGCUUUGGGUUAUAAAUAAUCGGAGAAUUAGUCUAAUCUGAUGACGCAGUCGGAAGUUUUUGACCAGUGUGGAAUGCAAGUGCUUACCCCGUGCUGCCCUGCACAUUACUGAGAUGAGGUCCCGUUCAUUUUAUACCGACCGCGACAGCUAAAAACUGAAACUCUUGGAAGCUGAUUGCACCGCAAUGAUCACCUGCAAAACCACUUUUACGAGUCAUCGUUUGUGCACCAUAACGCGCAACUGGGAGAAAUGCUCAAAUUUGACGAUUUCCUUCUCUUUCCAUUUUUUGUCAACAUCUCUCUUCACUGCGUAAAGGAUGAACCAGGAUGGCGAACAAACGACAAGCUAACCCAGAAUCCAUUCAAUCCAGUCACUGUGCCAGUUGUAGCCCGUCACGGGCAAAGCCUCAUUCUUCACGAUGACCUGUCUAUCUGUAACAAAAAAUGCAGUUUAGCAGAAUGGUCUAACUUCAUACACUUUGGCAUGGAUUCCAAUGGAGAGAUAUGUCCAGGAGUAGAUUUCUACAAGUGUGAAUGUGAAUCGGUGCAGUGCAUAGGAGACACGGUAAUAGUAGGAAGCAGUUCUGGGCGCUUCGGAACCCUUUGGAUUCCAUAUAGUACACCAUUCAUUCCUAAAAAAGAUACUCCACGAAUUUUAAAAGUCAGGGAGUCCUCAGCAUCGAGUGACCCGACGACAACGCCACAACCAAGUUCCACGGGACCAGGUCUGAACAAGUGCCUUGUAUCCAUGCAUUUAAUAAUCUUAAGCAACAGUGUGACUUCCUUGACUGACGAUAAUGGAACCGCAGUCACAUCAGACGACCCCAACAACGGUCUAUCGGGAAGCACUACCGUAUCUGCCAAUGACACUACACUACCGGUAGCUGGUAAUGGCACAACAUCGGGGAACAAGACCGCUUCGCAACAGAUUUCUGAUCCUCGGCAAGGACAUGGCAGAGCUGACCCUCAUAGUUUUCACGCCCAGUGGCGAUGGCUAGACUUCUGUCAAGAUGAUUUCUCGGAAGAGGGCGCCAGUGUUGUAUGCAAUCAAUUGCAGUAUAGCCAUCAUCACUAUUCAAGUUUUGAAAUACAAAAGGCCGGCUUGCCAUCAAUCGACCGCGACGAUGACAUCACUUAUCUCCCAUACAAGACGAUCUGCACGGGAAACGAAACAAAGCUUUCACAAUGCAAGUUCAAAAAACUGAAUUAUCUGCAGUACAAUUGCACCGCCCCGGUGACAAUCUAUUGUAAUGACGCUACUAGUACUCGCUUCGACAACCGCAGCAUUUCUGGUAGUCCAGCCAUAGCCGACAUCGAGCUCCUCGUAUUCAUGCCGCAUAUCGGUAAAUGGUCAACAGUUUGCCGGAAGAAUUGGACUCCGUUUGAUAAUUCACUGGCAUGCGAGGGGGCUGGUAAAUUAGACCCAUUUGCCAAUGCUCAAGCGCAGUCAUGCUGGGAGCAUCGAUUUAACAACAUCCUACACGAGCGUCCGGCCAGUAGCGGUAUUUACCGUAUUUACAGCACCAAAUGGAAACGGAUCAUUCCGGUGUAUUGUAGUAUGUUGUACGAUGGCGGCGGAUGGACACGGGUUAUCGCCACGCACUAUUCGAUCAGCGAUGAAGAGUGGGACUCGGUAAACGUCUUGUCUCGCAAUGCCUAUCAGCCACAAUUAGAUUUCAAUUAUUCAAUCCUGGAAAUAGCCGAUUCUUUGCAAGUGGUCGAUCACAAAGCGGGCUUAGAUGAAGGGAAGCCGGAAUAUUUAAUGCACAUUCACUAUGUAACUGGUAGACAUGACCUUUUCCAAGUCCGUUAUCCUGCACUGUGCAGCCUCAUUGCAGACGCUCCGUGUGUGUCUUCUAACGGAAGUGAGGAAGAGCCACAACGAGCCGAAAUCAUCAACAACCGUACAUUUUUCAUAGAUUCAACUCUGAAGGAUUUUAUGGUUCCGUGGUUCAUAAUGCAGGACGGCAACGGCUUUAUGUAUACUCUGAGCAAUCAAACAAAUGGAACGAAAUUGUUAGGUGUGUUGCUUGCGUCAAACAACGAAGACCGGUCACUUAAUUCAAGCGACAUUCCAUUCCGUUUCGAAUUAUACGUGAGAACACGAAACUAUAGAAUCAAAGAGCCUCCAGAAAUUGACUGCAACGGCAUGGAUUAUCUGUUGGAUGGGAAUUUUCGAGUACAGAACGCCCAGUUCUCGACUUCUUCGGUUCGGGAAGAAGCAGAAGACAGUAGUCUGCAUGACGGCUUCAUGAGCUUUCUCUCACCUGAAACAGGAGUAUCCGGUACUGAGGGUCCCCAUGGAUGGAUAUCCGAUUCCGCCAGUACAGUCGAAGGCAGCUGGAUCGGGAUUGAUUUGCUCACACCACACAAAAUUGAAAAAGUGCUUGUACGAGGAGUUACUGCGCAGCCAAACUUCGAAGAGCGCUGGGUCAAGGAUUUCUCAUUGCAAAAGAUUGUUUUGGGAUCCGAAAGUUCAGCCAGCAAAGCGGAAGUACAGCCAAUUUUCAAUAGCAUGGGUAAAAACUGGUUUUCUGGCAAUCACGAUGCUUCUAACAUUACCACCAACACGCUCCGACAGGCCGUGGCGCAUGAUGAUAUCAGAAUGCUGCGGCUGGUUCCAUUGAACACGCAACCAGAGAUCCCUCCAGUUGGCUUGCGAUGGGAACUAAUAGGUUGUUCACGGGUGCCCCGAAGUGAAGAUGCGUUCAUUCUGGAGGCAAUGACCAACGAAGCCCUAGGCAUGAACAGCAGCCGGCGAAACUAUCGUCUAGGAGCACCAGCGAGAGAUAUAUGGUACUCUCCAGCGUGCAGCAGUGAAAAUUUUGAAAUUCGAUUGCCAGAAACGUAUCUUAUUAAAAGCAUCGUUGUAUCUGGACACCCUAACCGUCGAGAGGUCAUUGGCAAGUUUAAGCUGCUGUUCAGUAGAACCGGAUCUAGUCAUCACUAUAAAUGGUAUGGCGCAAACAUGGAUGAGUUAAACAUACUGGAGCAAGAUCAACCACGAAUCUUCCUAGGUCCGCAAGAUGGCUCCACGCCACUGUACAUCAAUUUUAAGUAUCCUUGGUCUGCGCGACUUCUGCGUUUCGUUGUCCUUGAGCCACGUGGAACUCCGUGUUACGUUCGCCUGGAGCUGAUUGGACGCCCCCUCACCGACACAUGUACCAUGCCGUUAGGUAUGAACUCGGGAAACAUAGCGGAUUUUCAGUUAACUGCCAGUAGCCAGUAUGUCGACCCUUGUUCAAGCCGCAAGACCACCUGUCGUCGGUAUUCUUACGGCCCGGAGCGUGCACGCUACUCUACCGGCACCCGACGCCAUGAUUUGCGCGGUGCUGGAGCCUGGAGACCGGCAGUGAACGAUAUAGCACCCUGGAUUCAAGCUGAUCUGCUAGCUCAGACACAGUUGACAGCCGUCAUUGUCCAGUCAUCCAACUUGAGUUACAUGUCUAGCUUUUCUAUGCAAUAUUCCAACAAUGGUGACACUUGGUACCGGGCAACAGAGUGGCAAAUCGACGAAACCGAUCGCCUCGGAUCGUUUCGCCUGCCUUCGUUCUUGGUCUACCUGACACCACCUAUUUACGCCCGGCAUAUUAAAAUUCUUCCAUUGCAAUUCAACUCUUUCGGUGCGGUACCUGUGGAGAGAAACGUCAAAUUUGAGCUUUUAGGAUGUACGAUCCCUGCUGACUAUCAUCCACUUAGACCGGAAUUUACACGCCAUUACAACACCAUCUUGCAUCCAGACAAGCAUUUUGACUCAUACUUUUAUGAACUAAACGAUACGGAAUGCGCUGAUAAGUGUUUGCAAGAGAAAGGAUUUCUGUGCCAGGGAUAUUACAUCAAAGACUCCCACACGUGCAUCCUAACGGUUGCAAAUCUUCGAUCCUGGGAUGUAAAGGGUCACAACGUCAGCAUGGAUGAGACGAUAUUCAACCAACGGGAGCCACGAUGUCUCUCUAGUCUGGGACUCACCAAUCCGAAAGUAAUUGCUGAUUCUGCGUUUACGGCUUCUUCCAACAGAAAUCGCGCUUCUUCUGCUCGCCUCUCAUUCCGGGCUGAUGGUGUGUACGAGAAAGGGUGGGUGCCGCGGAAAACCGAUUUCAAUCCCUACAUUCAAGUGACAUUGCCGGGAUUAUAUCUUAUCACGGGGUUUCACAUCAACGGUGAUGGGACAGACAACUUUGUUCGAGAACUUAAAAUUGAAGCAUUUAACGGUACCGCGUGGGCAUUUUGUAAAAACGCGACAGAUUCAGCGGAGGAUGGAUAUUUUGACGGUAACAGCGACCCGUUUAACGUCAAUACAACCUGGAUACCAGCGGAAUUUCAGCCACGUGCUUCCAUCAUUCGGCUUUAUCCUGUUAGCUAUGGACAAGACGGACUAUCGGCAUUUCAGUUUGAACUGACUGGCUGCCAACUACAGGAAACCGAUCUCUCAUAUCCGAUGGGCUUCAACGAAAUCAAGUGCUCCGGCAACGAACAACGUACAGCCGAUUGCCCCCACGAAAUGUCCGAUCCGAACGACAUUCACUGCAAUUUUAACACAUCCGUGCGACCACAGUGCGUCACUCAUUGCGGUGAUCCGGGACACCGUGCCUGUGGAAAACGAUCGGGAAUACAUUUCUUCGCCCCGCAUCAGGUGACCUAUGAGUGUUAUGAUGGGAGCAAGCAGAUCAUUCAGUGCAAAGACUCGGGAUUUUGGACAUCAGCCGGCCGCUCAUGCGUGAAGAAUGUUGUUGAGAAUGUGGCCCUUCUAAAGUCCGCCAACCAAAGUUCGACUUCUAAAGUUCCCGGUUUUCAACAUGCCGCGUACGCCGUUGACGGGGAUGAGCUGCAGAACAUGCGGACUUGCACGUUUACCAACGAGGAGAUCAAUCCGUGGUGGUAUGUGGAUCUGAAGCAGUUGUAUGAGAUACAAAGUCUCAACAUUACCCUUGGGUUCACGACUUACAAGGCCGAGAUCAGGAUCGGCCCUCGUAACCCAUGGAAUGCGAAAGGUGCACUGGAUUUCACCGUCAAUCCGAUAUGUUUCAGUGCCGAUUACCCGCUGCAUGUAGGCAACGACACAACUAACACCGCGAGUAUCGAAUGCAAAUCGGGCAAUCCCAUCAGCGAUCAGGAAUUUGGAAAUUCUCCCGUAUUUGGUCGUUUCGUGUCUAUACAGGUUCUCUCGUCAAUUCCAACCACACUGUCGUUAUGCGAGGUCAAGGUGUUGGCAAAACCGUGCCUGACAAACGACGUUCAAGAUCAGGCCGAAUUCGCCGCCAUUUAUCGCAGCGUAAGCAACAUUGCCGACAUGAAAAGUGUACUCACCCAAGUUGCCCAAGAACAACGACCUGAAGGUCUGCCAGAUGACACAAGCUCAGUCGGUAUAGAUGACGACCUCGGAUGCACUCAUGCGCAAAGUCGCCAUCAACUGGACGAUCAACCGUACGUCAUAUACAGUCCGGGUGGUCAGGUGUACGUCACCGGUCUCACGAUUGAAACCGAUCGUAAGCCUUACGAGCUGCAUGAUUAUGAAGUCAGGGUGGGAGAAUAUCCACGAAAGGAAGACUUUAUGAAAAAUGGUUUAUGCCAUCGAAAACGGGGAUAUGUGAUAGCGGGACAGAAGGAGGUCAUCAAAUGCGAGAGGCCAUUAUAUGGAAGUUACGUUAUCAUUAUGGUCACUGAUGUCAACAGAAGCUAUUUGUCUUUGUGCAAAGUUAGCAUUUGGGGGAAGCUUUGUGAUGCACGAUUAGAUGCAGUCCACAUGAGACCGCUUGCGGCCAGCUCCUACGCCCCAGGAAGUGAUAUCUGGGUCCUAAUUAACGACGAUGUGGCUUGUUUUGAAACAGAUAGAGAAAACUCCCCAUGGGUGUCUUUAGACAUGGCUUUUCCCACGGAAAUUACAACGGCUAACUUCACUUUAUGCGAUCAUGUCUCAUCCGGCCAUCUGGAACUCAGAGUCGGCGAUAACGCCGAUCCAGAUUUAAAUCGUGUUAUGGCGACUAAAGUAAAGAUCACCAGCCUUCUUUCUCAGACAAACUACUCCGUCGUCACCCGCAACUGGCCACCAUUAGCUGGUCGUUAUCUUUCCAUCCACUUGAUGCCUACGGGAGGCUUACAAUCCUUAUGUGUCUGCAAUUUAACAAUUGCUCGCGACCGUUAUUGCCCGACAGAACACUAUCACAAUGUCGCCUACGGCAUUUAUCCGCUAGUCAGUUCGCGGGAUACAGUUCAGUAUCGCCCAGAAGUGACAACCGAUGGCUACCACGAGCAUAUGCAGCACUUGUGUUUCUCCACCAAGGUUCAGCACCGACCGUACUGGGUGAUUGAACUGCCAACCGCCCGAAAGGUCUUCACAAUUAGGGUAGUAGCUAAGCAGGACUCCAACAAGGAGAUCCGGGUGGGCUAUUCCGCGCACUGGCGAACUAAUAAAAAGUGUGGUACUAUUGACAAUCACUCGACUGGAAUCAAGGCCUUCACUAUUUCCUGUGUGGAUGAGAACGGAAAUGCUGCCGUUGGUGAUAAAAUUUCGAUUGAAGUGGUGGACGGGCUCGCGUCCAAGCUGACGCUAUGCGAAGUGGAAGUAUGGGGACACUGAGGCGCGUAUUGCUUUUGCUAGCGUUUGGGCUUUUUUUAAAACACCGGUGUUUAAGAGCACUUCAUCCUGUCGAUGUAACGCCUGGGUGGCAAUAAGGCUUGUAUAAGUUAAAGCUUUGCUGUUCUGUUGGACAUUUUUAUUUUAAUAAAAUUGUGGUUUUUCGGAUGUUUACCUAAUUACCUUACCGGUUUUGAAAAUAAAAACGAUAAA